CGACAUGUUGCUUGGCUCGGUUAGCCACGUCACUAUGAGCUCAACAGUAUGGCCGUGGUCAGAGCAUAUAAACAACAGGAGCCUUGAAGUAUCGGGGAGUGUUUCGUCGCAGCCAGUCGUGCCGAAGUGCAGCGUUCCAAUAUCCAUGUUUCACAGUAAGAGGUCACGCUCACACGAUACAAUUAUCUGAACAUGGUCCAGCUCAUCCCACUGUUGCUCGUCAUCCCCGCCACGUUGGCUUCGAGUUCCAGUGUGGAAUGCCGUCCCGAGGGGCCCAUCUUCCCUCGGCCGCGCCAUCUAAACCAGUCCGGAACUUUCAAAGGUGCGCUCGACAAACUCACGGCAACGCUCGACGCGGCUUUCCAUGGCAGAAUCCGCACCGGUUGGGACCUCCAGAACAUCUCACUGUCGAUGGCCGUCGUGGGACUGGACCAGACGCAGCCGUCCAUCCCACUCUGGGAGUACCACCGCCUCGCGCCGGGCAACGUGAACGGCACCAAGUCGCUCGACCGACACUCGCAGUAUCUGAUCGGAUCCGUCUCCAAGGUCUUGACGGACGCUUUACUUAUGAAGAGUGGCGUCGACAUGGACGAUGCCGUCACGGAAUAUCUCCCCUCGCUGGACAACGGGACGUCGCUGAUCGAUUGGUCUCAAAUCAGCCUGCGAGCCCUGGGCGGGCACCUGGCGGGAAUUCCUCCCAACUAUGGUUUCUCUGAAUACCACUACCUCAAGACCUGGUUCGAAGCCCUUGGCUUCCCGCACGUCAAAGACACCGACUACCCCCCUUGCGGCGUCAUCGGCCUCAACGGGGAAUGCACCAAGGCGCAACUGUUAGAGGGAAUGCUGUCCUCGCACCCGGUCGCCCCGCCCCAGUCCCGCCCCGUCUACUCCAACGUGGCAUACACUCUUCUGUCCUACGCCCUCGAAGUCCACACGGGCAAAAACUAUUCGACUCUUUUACGGGAUUUGCUCACGCGCCCGCUCAACAUGUCGUCGACCGUGCCCAGCGGCCAGGGAAACGACUCCCACGCCGUGAUCCCCCCCGUGCAGAGCACCUGGGGCUCCUCGUACGGCGACAACGUCCCCGGCGGGGGUCUCGUCUCGACGCUGGCCGACCUCGGCUCGUUUGUCCACGCCAUCCUGGGCCGUGACUCGCGACGACUGGGUUUGACUGCGACACAAGUCCGCGAGUGGCUGCAGCCGCGGUCGUUUGCGGGCUCGCGGUCGAGUUUUGUGGGAUUGCCGUGGGAGAUCUUUCGGCCAGAGCCCAAGCUGUUGUUUUCCCACUACCACCGCCGCUCACGUGCAGGAGGCGGGCACACCGUCACGAUCCACUCCAAGGGCGGCGCCGCGUACGGAUACAAUGCCCGCAUCGCCCUGCUGGACGAGUACGGCGUCGGGCUGGUGAUUCUCACGGCGGGCGGCCAGGACGUCGUGACCGGCGUCUUUGACGCCGCGCUGAGCGUGCUGGUGCCGGCCCUUGAUGAAGAAGCCAGAGAACAGGCCGCAAGGGAGUACGUGGGAGCUUUUGUGGCCGCGGUGCCCAUGGUGGUGGCGCCGGUCAACGCGACGACCGAGACAGAUGGAACCUCGCUACGGCUGACGGGGCUGUAUCGGAACGGGACGGAUAUUCUGGCGAGUUUGCGCGAGUUGUGGGAGGUGACCUUGUUUGGAUUCUUGCCCUCGCUGCGGUUGACGGGGGUGGUAAGGCUGUAUCCGGCCGAGGUGGAAAGGAAGAGUAAACUCCCCGACGGGAGAGAGGUGGUGGAGGAGGAGUGGAGGUUGUGGUGGGACAUGGAGCUGCUCUCCGAAGCCGAGCUGCCGGGGAAGGGUAUCAGCGCGCAUGACUGUCUGGCCUGGUCCUUAGCCGAUUGGAUGCAUUACGGGGGCGAGCCGGUGGACAGGGUGGUGUUUGUGAAGGAUGCAGCGACCGACAGUGUUGUGGGUUUCGAUGCUCCUUUUCUGAGAAGCGGAACGAUGGAGAAGUCCUAAGAGAGAGCCAGUGGCCGGUAUAUAGGAGUUGUAUGUACAAUAGAUCCCAGUGGGCAUCUGUCGAGUCGUUGGAACA